AUGGACGAAGAAGCCGAACGGCAAACGCUUGGCCUAAAAAAUAUCAAGAAAAACAAAUGGAUGGUAGGUCUAAUUGUUUUCUUGGUAAAAAUAAUAAGCAAAAAAAUUUGUAGAAAUUGACAUUCGCAAUAUUUGCAAUCACCAACGUUGCCAAUUUUUCUCUAGUUGUUAUAAAAACGGCUGCCGCUUAUCUUUCAGGCAGUUUUUCGAUUGGAACAUCAGCUAUUGAAAGUUUCGGUGAUGUUUUUGUUAGUUGCAUCAUUCUCACACAAUAUGUUCUGGACAAAAAAGUGAAAACAACAAGCUAUCCGAGAGGAAAAGUCUCUGAAACAACUACAAAUGUUGGUUUUUGCCCUUUGGAAUUUUUCAUUAUAAAUUAUGUCAUUUUUCAGCUGGUUUCCGCAAUCGUUAUGAUUACACUGGCAACUGUUAAUUGGGUAUUGAGUGCAGAAGCAUUGGUCACCGGAAGGUGAAGUUUUCAAGAUUAGACUUUUCUCAAAAAAUUUUCUUCUACAGUCUCAAACCAGAAUUUGGAUUCAUUCAAAUUUUGGUGAUUAUUGUCAAUAUCGUCGUCAAGAUUUUGUUAUUCUUUUUGUGCAACUUGUGAGUUUUUUCUGUUUUUGUAUGGAAUUUGGAAGUAUUCUGAUAUCAAAGUCUGAGAAAGUCUGGUUCGAAGGACACAGAAACUUGAGCGAAACAAAAUAGAUCUCCCGAAAUUUGAGAACAGGGUGUGCCCAACGAAAAGAAACAUUUUUUCAAAUGACAAAAACAGCAUGUACGCUCUACAGCACAUCCUGGCGGCAGAGUGCUUUCUAACGAAAGUAAAACAAUAUUUUUUCUCACUUCCGCCAGAUUUUAAUUUUUUCUUUAUCUAUUUUUAAAUUUUAUUCAGGAAGAAGGAUAACUAUCAGGUAUAUGUUUUGAUGCGUGAUCAACUCACUGAUGUUGUCACAAAUUCUGUCGCUCUUGUUGCUGUUUUCUUCUCACAUUAUUUUUGGAUACCUUCAGACUUUGUUGGUUCUCAAAUCAUCUAUGCUGUGAUUCUCACCAAUUGGUUGCCAGUUGUUUAUAGUUCGUGGUUUGAUAUUCAAGGAGCCAUCGGUGCAAAAACCGAUUACGAGAGAGUGGAAAAGGUUUGUGUUUUUUAUUGCAAAUUAUUUUUUCAAACCAAAAUACGAAUAUAUGACAUCAAUGUUCAAUUUUACACCAUACAAUCAUUUUCAUCCUAUGUGUAUUUAGGCAGACAACCCAAUUUAAUUGAGAACACCGUGUAUUAUUAUUAUUUUUGGUUUUGGAACUUUUCAGAACCCUGUCAUUUGAAAAAUGCGUUUUAGGUAGAUUGUAGUUCAAUGAAUUAUUUCUCCCAAAAUUUAAUUUCCAGAGUCAAAAUUAUUUUUUUGUUAAUUUUUCACAUCCCCAGGGAUAAAAAAAUGACGAGAAAAAAUUAUUGAAAAAAGUAUUGCAUAAUAAUUAUGAGAAUAGCGCUAUUCUAUUAUAUUCUUUCCAGGUUGUUUCGGAAAACUUGAAUCGGAUUGAAAAAUUUUCUGGUCUUCUCAUUUAUCACUUGGGAAACAAAAUCAUUGUCGAAGUAAGUUUUGAAAAUUUUUUUUCCGAAGUGUUUUAUUACCUACUUUUCCAGGUUUUUGCUGAUAUUACUUCACCAGCAGAUCAAAUAAUUCUCACCGAUCUCAUUGACGAACUCGAAGAUGUUCAUAAAAGUUAUAUAAUCCCUGCAGAAAAAUCGAUUGGAGUAAGUAAUAAAAUGGGAGGUGCUUCGUUCCGAAAACGAGCUUAAAAUGUUUUUUUUUCUUACUUUACUAACUACAAAUUUUCUUCGAUAACAUAUCUUUUUCAUUUUUCCAGAAUUCGGCUGUAAAACUCGUCGAACUCGAGCUACUCAAUUAA